AUGGCGUGGGGGCAAGUCACUGCUACCGUGUAUGGGCUCAUCCGGGAUUCCAAGCACGCCGAUGCGAUCAAAUUUCUUGAGGAGCAGCUGUGGCUGUUCCCGGAGAAUCAAGCCGCGCUGUCGCUGCUGGGGUAUUGUCACUAUGUUCUUGGGGAUUUCCACGCUGCGUCCUCAAUGUACCAGAAGCUGACGAAAAUUUGCCCCAACCAAGAGAACUAUCGCUUGUAUCACGCUCAAUCGCUCUACAAGGCCGGGAUGCUUUGUGAAGCUGGAAAAGCGUGCCUCUCGCUGGAAGGAAUGCAGCGUAGAGUUUUGGGAUUGCAGGCUUGCAUUCGAUACGAGGAGGGAGAUAUUGCUGGUAGUCGAAUGAUACUGGAGGAACAAUCUCGCGAUGAUAUGGACGCUGCUGUUAAUCUCGGAUGCUGCCUUUACAAGGAAGGAAGCUAUCAAGAAGCGUAUUCCAAGUUUACUGAUGCAAUAAACGCAUUUGGUUUUCAGCCCGAGCUGGCCUACAACAGAGCUGUUUGUCUUUACCGUCUAAAGCAUUACGGUCCAGCUCUUAGUGUUCUUGCAGAAAUUAUUGAACAUGGAGUGCGACAAUAUCCCGAAUUCAGCAUUGGUAGCCACGUAGAGGGCAUUGAGCUAUGUAGCGUUGGAAACAGCCCAGCGCUCAAAGAAUCUGCAUUAGUCGAAGCUUUCAACUUGAAGGCUGCCAUUGACUACGCUAAUGGAAAUUUGGAGGCCGCAAAGGAAAACCUCACUGACAUGCCACCACGUGCAGAAGAAGAGUUAGACUCGGUCACGCUUCACAAUCAAGCCCUGAUGAAUAUGGAAGUUGAUCCUACUGCAGGCUUCCGUAAACUUAAUUUUUUGUUGCAGAAUCCUCCAUUUCCUUCAGAGACAUUGGCUAAUCUACUUCUGCUGUAUUGUAAACCUUCCCAUGGAUUCUACGACCUUGCUGCUGAUGUAAUGGCAGAGCAUGCGGAAGUUAUCUUCAAGUAUCUAUCUCAGGACCUCUACGACUUUAUUAACUGCAUCAUUUUGACAAAGACGUCACCGGAGGAUGCAUAUCAAAAGAUGAAUGAGCUGGCAAAUCGUUAUAGUGAAACCAUGCGCAGGCUCACCAAACAAAUCCAGGAUUCUUGUCUUUCUCGCGAUCAGGAGGGCCACAAGAAGGCUUUGGCAGAGUAUGAAGACUGUCUUGAGUAUUAUAUACCUAUCAUCAUGGCAAUUGCAAAGCUUUUCUGGGACAAAGAAAAUUACGUGCAAGUAGAGCGUAUUUUCCACCAGUCAGCAGACUUGUGUUCGGAUCAUCCUGUUUGGCGACUGAAUGUCGCUCACACUUUCUUUAUGCAGGAUAAUCGCUACAAAGAAGCAAUCCAUUACUAUGAACCGAUUGUAAAGAAAGCGGGAGAUGACAUUCUCAGUGUCACAGCAAUUGUGCUCGCGAAUCUCUGCGUUUCAUACAUUAUGACCAGCCAGAAUGAAGAGGCCGAAGAUUUGAUGCGAAAGAUUGAAAAAGAGGAAGAGAGAGCGCACUACGAGAAUCCAGACAAGCAGGAAUUGCAUUUAUGCAUUGUAAACCUUGUGAUCGGUACCCUCUACUGCGCAAAACAAAACUUCGAGUUCGGUAUUAGCCGUAUCAUCAGAAGUCUGGAGCCUUAUGGGAAAAAGCUGGAAGCAGACACGUGGUUUUAUGCGAAGCGUUGCUUUCUUGCAUUGGUCGAUAGCCUUGCGAAACAGAUGAUCGUGUUGAAGGACGCGACAUACGCCGACAUAGACGACUUUCUUGAUGCUGCGGACAGCCAAGGCAAGACUGUCUACACAUCCGUGGAGAGUCCCGGCGAGGGCCAGAACUCCAACACGGUCUCCAGAGAAGCCAGGCUGCUCAAGAGGAUGUUUCUGAAGAUUAGAGAAUGAGGUAUGU